AAGGGAAAACCCCUUUAGAGACAAAAGUAUAGGCGACAUAAGUCAUUUGCGUCACUAAUAACUAUAAUGGGUGGCACAAUUUUUUAGUUUGUCACCAAUAAGUUGUCAUCUUAAAUUAAAUUUAUAUUAAUGUUUGCUUGACAAAAUAAUAAAGAAAGGAGACAAAAUCUUUUUGUCUCAACUUUUUAUUAGUGACAAAAUAUAAUUUUGCCUCCUAUUGUUUUUAUAAUUUAGGCAGUUGGCCUUUAUUCCACCAGCGGGAAAUCAAAAAUUUAAUUGAGAGGAAAAAACAUUGAGACUUCAAAUCUCCAAAAUGGUGUAGUAUUAUGUAAAAGAGGAUGAGGUAUAAAUACCUUUUUUUUUUUUUUCUUUUUUUUCCUUCUUUCAUCCUAUCCACCGCGAAAUCUAUUUUCCCAAGCGUUCACAACUUCGAACCUCAAACUGCCAGCAACAUGAACUCCACCUUCGAUCGACAACUACUUCAUCUCCUCAAACCUCAAACUACUACAUCAUCUUCUCUCUAAUCUCUUCUUUUCACUUCUCAACCCCAGCAGCCCAAUCUCAAAAUCAUCCUAAAUCACCAGCACCAAACCCCUUCAUCUUGGGUUUUUUAUCGAUCAGGAAAAAGGGAAGCAGAAUCGCAUCAGAGAGCAUCAUCCGGAUUGAAUACUAGUAUGAUUCUUCUUUGCUCUUGCGGUUUUUACUCUAUGUUUCUCUUUAGUUUUGUUUUGAAAUUCAUUGUCUUCUGUAGGUGAUUGUUGAAAGUGCUAAAAAGAGUGAUGCAACUGAUCGAUAUUGAGAAGAACAAGUUUUGUUGAGCUCACUUCAAUCCAAAAAUUGCUUUAGUAUUACACAAAAGGUGUCCAGCAAGUAGUUGCGCAAAAUUCAAAAGCAUGAACACUGCUAAUGCUAGCUAAGUGUUAAAUCUGAUCAGUAGUCUUCAUCAUGGUGCUACAAUUGUAGUGAUGAUGUGAUGAUCAUUUUUGAGGUUUGGCUGAUCUCCAGACUUCAACCCAGAACUUGCUCUAGUAUCAUUAAAAAGAAAGGUAAAAAUGUGUCUUUUGUUGAGAAUUGGAGCGCUAUGCAUCAACAUCGUGACGGUCAAUGGAUCAACGAAGCAGCUGAACAAACUGGGAAGAAAAUGUUAGGAGAAUUGAAUCAAACAAAGGAGAAGUUAGCUGAAGUGCUUGGGGCUGCCUCACUUGAUGAAAUAGAAGUUCCCGUCUCUAUGCAGUUGGAUAUCUUGGCAAAUGGCGUUGGGGUUGCAAAGGGUAGAGGCAUUCGCGGUCUGGGCUAUGGUCCACGGAAGGAACCCGUCCAUUAUUCUGAGAGUGAUAAAUCUACAAAUACUUCAGUGACAGAACAAAAGGUGAUUGAGCUGACAGCCACGGUGGAAAAGCUUUUGAGGCAUAUCAGUCACAUAGAAGAGCAACUUGCUACUGUUGAAGGGUAUAAUGUUCAUUAUUCCAGUGAUGAUGAUGAUGAUUAUGAUAAUGGGGAUGAUGAUGAUGAUGAUGUGAAUAUCUAUGGGGAUGAAGAUGAGGGUGCAGACUAGCUAUUAGGACCUUAAUGUUGUUUUCCGAUGGAACUUUAGUUUUAUAUUAUUAAACUAGAAAACUUGUUUUUGCUACCUAUUGUCUAUGUAGAAGUGUAGAAACGCAAAACUUCACUUUCUCUGUUAUACUAUCUUUUCAUUUAUUCAAUGCAAUUAAAUACUUUUUUAUUUAGUUU